UUGUACCAGCGCAUACCAAAAGCUUGGACAAGACCGCACCUGCUUCGUAGGUAACAUGCGCUGCCACUAGAAAGAAGUCAACAGCACAACAGAGCAAGGAAACAGCACUCAUUGUGUCCUCAAGCUAGCAGCUCGGCUCCUCGGCCUCGACGACGACCGCCAGGAUGACGACUGGCCAAGGACAAGCAGCGGCCCUAGCCCGGGGAGACGCCGAGGACGACGCCGGCGGUUCCAAGGCGGCGCACUUCGUGUUCGUCCCGCUGAGGGAGCAGGGCCACCUGAUCCCGGCCGUCGACACCGCGCUGCUGCUCGCCACCCACGGCGCGGUCUGCACCAUCGCCGCAACCCCGGCCACGGCCGUGCUGGUGCGCCCGGCCGUCGAUUCCGCCCGGCGGUCCGGCCUCCAGGUCCGGCUCGCCGAGUUCCCGCUCGACUACGCCGCGGCCGGCUUGCCGGAAGGGGUGGACGACGGCGACAGCAUCCCGCCGAUGCACAUGUGGAACUACUUCCGCGCCAUGGCGCUCCUCCGCGCGCCGAUCGAGAGCUACCUCCGCGCGCACGCGCCGUUCCCGACCUGCGUCGUGUCGGACUUCAUCCACCCGUGGACCACGGAGCUCGCGGCCAACCUCGGCGUCCCGCGGCUGAGCUUCUUCAGCAUGUGCACCUUCGGCCUCCUCUGCCAGCACAACCUCGAGCGUUUCCACGCGUGGGACGGCGUCGAGGACCCCAACGAGCCGGUCGUCGUGCCGGGGCUGGAGAGAAGGUUCGUGGUGACGAGGGCGCAGGUGCCGGGCUUCUUCCGGGGGAUCCCGAUCCCGUGCUGGGAAGAGUUCGCCGACUACGUCGAGCGCGCGCAGGCCGAGGCCGACGGCGUCAUCGUCAACACCUUCGAGGAGAUGGAGGCGGAGUACGUCGCCGGCUACGCGGCGGCCCGAAGGAUGAAGGUCUGGACCGUCGGGCCGGUGUCGACCUACCACCAGAGCCGCACGACGCUGGCGUCGACGCUGGCGGCGAGGGGGCUGCGGGAGUCCGCCAUCGACCCCGAGGAGUGCCGCCGGUGGCUCGACGGCAAGCCGAGGGGCUCCGUCGUGUACGUGAGCUUCGGGAGCAUCUCGCGGGCGGACGCGAAGCAGGCCGUGGAGCUCGGGCUCGGGCUGGAGGCGUCGGGGCACCCGUUCGUCUGGGCGGUGCGGGACGCCGACGGGUACGACGAGGCGGCGCGCGGGUUCCUGCGCGAGCUGGAGGCGCGCGUGGCGGGGCGCGGCCUGCUCGUCCGGGGAUGGGCGCCGCAGCUGCUGAUCCUGUCCCACGACGCCGUGGGCGGGUUCGUGACGCACUGCGGGUGGAACUCGACGCUGGAGGCCGUCGCGGCGGGGCUGCCGGUGGUGACGUGGCCGCACUUCACGGACCAGUUCCUGAACGAGAAGAUGGCCGUCGAGGUGCUGGGCAUCGGCGUCAGCGUCGGGGUCACGGAGCCGCUCACGUACCAGGCGGUGCCCAAGGAGAUCGUGGUGGGGCGGGGCGUGGUGGAGGCGGCCGUGCGGAGCGUGAUGGGCGGCGGGGAGGAGGCGGAGGAGAGGCGGCGCCGGGCGCGCGCGCUGGCGGCCAAGGCGCGGGCGGCCGCGCAGCCGGGCGGGUCGUCGCACGGCAACCUGCUGGACCUGGUCAAGCGAUUCCAGCCGCCGGGCGCGGCCGUGCCAGAGGUUUAGCGGCAACUCGUCUCGUCCGUUGAGAUUUCAGAUUGGUCCCAGAAAUAAAUCCGGAGUGGUUGUGUGAUUUUGGCGUUUGUUGUGGUGCUUCCUGGAAUUGGGAAGCAUCUCGACAUGUGGACAUCCGAGUUCAGCCGGCAAUAUGGUGGCUGCUUCCUAGCUGCUUCUGCUUGCCUCCUUCCGUGGUUUCUGCUCAUCUGUGUCACUGUCUAUCUGAUGCCUCAACUAUGCUCAAUUUUUGUCGGCCAUCAUAUCCAUCAAACUAUGGAUGUACUUCCGUAAAUAGUACGAAUAUUUCCGAUCGUAUUCAAAUUUAAUUUGGUUUGGAAGA